AGCCUAUAAGAAUUCCCUAAAUGUGUCAGAUAACUUGUGUGUGUGUGUGUGCUAUGUGGGCAACAAUUUUACAAGAGUGUAUUGCGAAUAUACGUAUAUAAUAAUGUGUGAUAGUUUAGGAGUAUAUGUUACUGGGAUAUUCAACUAGAUUCCGAUAACUAACUUUAACUUUAACAACUUUAAAUUUUAAAUUGAUUUACUUAAAGAAGGUCGGGUUCGAUAUCGAGUAGCCCGAUAAAGCCCGUGUCAAAUCUCACGCCGUAUUGCCAGAAAGUUUUAAUGGGGCUGGGGAGCCUCGGAACGGGCAACACUUUGUCUUCCAGAAUUCGAGAAUCGGAGAGAACAAGGGUGCCUGGUUUUUCGGUUUCACAUCAAUGAAACACACUUUCUUUGGAGUUCUUUUAACAUUAACAAAAAAUUUUCAUUUUUAUGAUUGGAAUGCAAUAUUACCAAUCCCUUUGGCAGAACGUCUUCGGAAAGCACAAAAUUACUAGCACGAAAUGAGUCAUGCAAUGCAUAGACUGCAUACGAAUCGCCCUACUCCCGACAUCUUUCGCGGCGAUCCAUUUAAAAUUCAAUCGUACAAUUUUCGGUAUGCCGAUCGACCCGACUACCCAGUACAGCACUACCAGAGGCCAGAGCCAGAGCCGCUCCCCUGCCAAACGCCGCAAUUCGAGACAUUCUACCGCAAUCCCAAGUUUUCCAGCGAUCCCGAGUACGCACCGAGCGCGAAGCCGGGUCCGCAGAGCACCACGGCCUUCACGGAACACAGGCGCCGCAAGUUCCUGCGGGACUUCCAGUCCAUUCCCACCACUCCGAUUCGACGAACCUUCUCCGGCGUCUGCCAGCGCCCGCCAGAGGUGCGCAGUGUCGCAACGGUACCUCAGCCACCACGCCGGCUCUCGCCCAAGGCUCCCGUAGAAGUGACGAAUUCUCCGCUUCUGAGGAGCUGCUGCAACCGUGGCGAUUAUCAGGCAAUGAUUCGGGGCCAGAGCACCUCGUCGUUGUUGCGGAGUGGCAGCGGUAAUGUGCUGAAGACUGGAGUACCUAGGAGCGCCUCUGCGGCCUCGUUUGACAGGAGGGAAAGGGAGUGGCAACGAUCCGUUGCCACUAGAACCAGUUCCAACAUCCAGCUGCUGCCUAAGAGAAGCGGCUACAGCGGUUGCGAGAUCAACAUCAACAUCGGCGCCUUGGACUCCGAAUCGGAGACGGACAACAAUUUAACAAUCAAGAUUGAGACGGACACUUGUCUGCUGAACAACACGGACAAGGCAAAGCACCCGGAGAGACGUAAGCGAUCCAGCAGUGCCAGCCGAUCCCCUGUAACCUUCGAUAUAGACAAGCGAUUGUCUAAGUUCAAUGUGGCCGACAAAAUGCCCAGGAGAGGCUCGGACGAGGAGGCCAAUCAACGGGAGUGGGAUCAGGAGCUGAAAAUGCAGCGAGAACGCGCCAGGCAGCGGGAGAGGGAGCGAGAAAAUCUGCGCCAGCAGGAGAGGCAAAGGGAAUACGAGCGCCUCCUCGAGCUCGAGGUGGAGAGGGAGAAAGACCGCCUCAGAGAGCUGGAAAGGGAGUCGCAGCGACGGAGAGAGUACCAUGAGUACCAAGAACACCUACGACGGGAACAAUGGAAGCGGCAGGAAGUACCGAUGCGUGCCAUGCCCACAUCCCCCCUGAUGAUGACCUCUCACUUGAACAGACGUACCUCCAACGAUCGUCUGCCCGGGAUGGUCCCCUUCCUGGACCGCCCGCCUGCCGCGGCCAGUAAGCGGGCACAGCGUCUUCAGAACUGCUCCAAGAACCUGACAUCCCUGAGGGGCCUAAAGAAAGCCACAGCUCCUCCUGUGCCUCCUGCCUCCCUGUUCACUACAGCUCCCACUGUGCCUCCCGUCGCCAUGUUUACCACAGCUCCUACUGUCAAUCGUCCCAGGAGUCUAGAGCGGACCAGUUCGGGCACGUCGAAUGGCAACAUCCAUGUGACGGUAACCACCAAUGGUAGCAAUUCCAGCCUGCGUCGGCCAUCGGCCACAGGGCUGAACGAGCAGAAGAAGCUGAAUGGAAGCUCUGGCUCCCCCAUUCUCACCAGGCUAAAUAACAUCCCCAUUAGGAUAACCACCUCGGGUCCGGGUGACAGGGACGUGGAGUUCUCAAUGAACCAAGUGCGGCUACGAAGUCAUUCACCCAUGCCGGGUGUGGCUCCACGUGUGAGCACCAGUCGGAUGCGACAGGGGGAGGACAGCUCUGUGCAGUCCUUGAAUGUCAAUAUCAACGUCUAUGCGGAUAACACCUCGCGUACGAUGCGUAUGUGCGAGUAGAGGUAGAGUUUGUAGGUAGGAUCAAUAUCAGGAAAAUUCUGGAACCUUGCUCUUCAGGCGGGUAAAUUCAGAGCGGAACGCAACGGGAAUGUGUUCCAGAGUUGAGCUGAUCUUGACCCCACCUACAUACGUAUGUACUCGUCGAAUCGUUGCCAGAUACAGAUGCGGCACUCGUUAAGCUGACUUAAAGUUCCCGGACUUUUGUUUUAAAUUGGGUAGAAGGGAAAAAAAAAUCAAUAAAAAAGUGUAGGUUCCCACAGA